ACAUCCCACACAUACUCAGGAUUGCUGAGCACAGCUCUGGGUUUCUGUAUUCUGCUUUACUCCUUCUCUGGGAGAAGGGCCCUGAUGGAGGCAAAGAGCUCUGGUUCAGCAUGCUUUGCACUUGUUCCCAGGAACGUGGAGGGGCUGUGGUCUUGUCUCUGUGAAUCAUCUGUUCUCAGCCUAGGGAGGCCCUGCCUGAGGAGGGAGGGGCAGGAGAGCAGCUGCACCUCACCUUGGUGGCUGCGGUAUUAUCUGGGCCCAACGGUUUCUUCUGGGUAGAUACUUCCGCCCGCCUGCUUGUAGAGCCUUAAAGACUCAUGCUGCUGUCUUUGAGUGGAAAGGAACACCUAGCUCUAAGAAAAAGGGGGAAGUCAGCCUGACCUGAAGGCACACUCCUGUCAUCAGGGAGCCAAGGCAAGGGGAUCAGAACUUCAAGAUCAGCAGGACAUUCCUUUCUUGCUUCCAUCAUCUCUUUUCUAGAAUCUGCUUGCAGCUGUGUAGAUAGAAUCAGGGGACUCUUUCGUUGGAAUCCAGAAUCCCUGACUCUUAAAUAAAAGGAUUAUGGGGCUCUUGUCCAUCUGAACUAUGUAAUGAAGCUACAUGCUUUUAAAAUAGCUGCUCUUUCCAAGCAUCUACCACCCUGAGAAGAUGCAGAAAAUGAAGAUCAGAUAAGAGGCUUUUCUAAAGGAACUCAUCUAGAAAGCAUCGGACUAGAAUCUCACCCUCUGCCUGCUUCUGAAGCAGAGGUCUUGCCCCUAUAUGCUGCUGAGUUCAAUGAACAGAGGCUGCCCUGACUUCAUGGUUUACAAGGUAAGAUUUAGAAGGCCUGUGACGUCAAGAUCUAUAGACCAACUGUGAUGAGAAGCAGUCGGGGCAGCCUUUGCAAUGUGGGGCCCCCAGCUGGGGCAGUCCCGCAGCCGAGUGCAGCCAGGCGCGCGCCGCCGCCCACUCGCCCUGUGCCCGCUACAGCCCCGAAAGUGACCCGGGCUGGGAGCCGAGGGGACAGCGGGGAUCGUGGGCUCUUAACCCGAGAGAGCGGGCGUAUCCGCAGCCGGAGGAAGACUACCUGGAGGACAUGGAGGAAAGACCCUCAGAGACCAACUCCAAUGUUGACAGCUCAGCGCAGCCUUCAGUGGCCCAGCUGGCUGGGCGCUUUCGGGAGCAUGCAGCUGUGGCCAGGGAGACACCAGCCAGUAAGCCAACAAGAAGGAAACCACCUUGCUCCCUCCCCCUGUUUCCCCCCAAGGUAGAGCUGGGCCAGAACGGUGAGGAGAAAUCACCAUCCGGCGCCAGCCACCCACCUAAAAUCAAGGUGAAGAGCUCACCCCUGAUCGAGAAGCUUCAGGCCAACUUAGCCUUUGACCCGGCAGCUCUUCUGCCUGGGGCUUCACCCAAAAGUCCCGGACUCAAGGCCAUCGUAUCACCAUUUCACAGUCCCCCUUCCACACCCAGUAGCCCCGGCAUCCGAUCCCACCCAAGUGAGGCAGAAGAGGUGCCUGUGAGCUUUGACCAGCCCCCGGAAGGAACUCACCUGCCCUCUUACAAUAAGGUGCGGACUAGAGGCUCAAUAAAAAGACGUCCUCCCUCGCGGCGAUUCCGAAGGUCUCAGUCGGACUGUGGGGAUUUUAGAGAUUACAGGGCUGUGGAGCCAUCUCAGGAAAACGGUGCCAGGGAAGAGAAUGGGGAUGACGUGUUUGCUAGCAAGAGCAAGGACCCCGGGUCCCCUCAACUCAACCAGGAGGCUAUGGCAGACGGGGUGGAGGGAACUCCGUGGUCUGCAGAAAAGCCACGGAGAAGGAACACGUGUAACAGCACAGAGAAGCCAGAGGAGCUGGUCAGGACCCCAGAGGAGGCGAAUGCUGGAGAGAAGGUUGGACAGAAUCCAGACACAGCUAGUCAGGGUCAUCCAGAGGUCCAGGCGCCAUCGCAAACCGGCAGCCCAGAGGCUGAGAAUGGGUGCGGAAGCCCACGGGAAGAGACAACCCCGGGAGAGCAUACAGACACUGGGAAGGCCACUGAAGGGACAGCCUCUGAGGAGAGGGUAGCAGAUGAAGAUAGGCUCGGACAGAAAAGCCCAGACGCAAAUAUGCCUGAGGAGGAGGGAGUGGUCAGGGAGAAAGCCCCACAAACCUCUUCUGGAAAAGCAGAAGGUACUACUAUCGCAGAGCCGGAUACAAAGCAAAAGGAGGAGGCGCCUCUGGAGCCAAGCUGUAGCCCAGGGGCUGACCAUGCUGCGGGAGAGAUCACCAGUGAGAUCCAGAAUGAGAAAGCAGUCUCCAUGGAUGACAUCCCCAUCGAGGAUACCCGAAUGUGAUGAAGGGCUCAGGGUACCAGUGAUGGGGCCACUGGAGACAUCUCCUUGGAAACAGCAGCAGUAACAGCAGCAGCAGCAGUGCAUGAAGCCACUGCAGAAGCAGAAUACACCGAGCAUCUGGAGACAGCCCAGGAUGCAGGGUGGAUGGUCCCCCGUAGGCUACACCAACCGUCUCCUCACUGGAGAUGAGAGCUGAGGACAGUAGAGUUUUAUCAACUUGAGUUUGUGUCACCUGACGCACGACUCAAAGUUAAAUAUAUUUAAAGCAAUUUGGUGUGGUGUCUGCUCCACGACCUUCCUGUUGAUCCCCAAGUCUUCCUGCAGCCAACCUCCCAACUAGGCUCUUGUUGAACUUGUGUAAAGUUACGGCCUUUUUCUAUCGUUCUAAUGUUUUUAUGGUUCUCAGACGUAACUUACAACUAAUUUUAGGUAGAUAAAGAAGGUAGUCUUGUGGAGAAUAAGAUUCCCUAAGUUACCGAGACCUGAAAACAUACCAAAGCCCUCACGACGACCGUUCUGCUUGCUCCAGAUGGGAAUCAGCUGACCAGUUUCAAAAACUCAAAGAGAUAUUUAUUAAAACAUUUAAAGUCGUGUUCCUGCCUGCUCCAAGGACAGGAACUUUUCCCUGUCCCACACAGCCUGGCUGAUGAGAACAAGGGGAGGUGAUUGAUCCAUCUCAUCCCAUCCAAAGGAGAGGCAGGAUUCAUCCCCUCCACCCCUCAAGGUGCCACCAUAUGCCUGCCUUGCUCUGAGCAUGGGUUGUACUCUCCUGGAAGGUUACACUUGAACAGGAAACUGGCCGGCCUCUGGGAGGGACGUUCAGUGUCCGCAGUACAGCUUACCUUCUGAGAGCGUCUCUCUUCGCUUCUCUAUGAAGUUUUGUUUGUUUGCUUUUGUUUUUGUUUUUUCAAAUCUCACCAUGUAGACUUAUAUGUAGCCCAGGCUGGUUUUGAAUUAGUGAUCCCCCUGCCUCUGCCUCUAGAUUGUGGGUAUGCAUCACUGUGCCUGGUUCUCAGUAAGCAUUUCUCAACUCCAAGUUCUUCUCCCAGACUCAGGAGGCAUGAGUUAGGGUCUCCAGCCUGUUUUCAUCAGGAACUCCUGCUCAGUAUCCUGUCCGGGGAUAAAACAGGGUUUGCAGGAAUAUGGGUCGGUCUGAUAUCCAUUCCUCUGAUCACCCUCCCCUCCAUGAACUCCUGCUGAAGAAAUGUUAACAUAAAUAAAUGAUGAAUCUUCCGGGUUGGUUC